AUUAAUGAAAAAAAAACAAAAAGGGAAUUUAUUGCUUUGUUUUGGUGACAGAGACUGCUGGCAGUCCACCAAUCGCUAUAAAAGACCUGAUCGUCGGCCAUUAGUCAGUUAGAACGCUCUCAACAGUGUAAACAAUCAAUCAACCAAAAUGAAAUUCUUCAUUGUCUUCUUCGCUUUGAUCGCUGUGGUCUUCGCUGCUGGCUAUGGCCAGGGAGGACACGGACAGCAAGGAUUCGGCCAGGGAGGUCAAGGAGGAUAUGGCCAGCAAGGAUUCGGCCAGGGAGGACAUGGCCAGGGAGGAUUUGGCCAGGGAGGACAUGGCCAGCAAGGAUUUGGCCAGGGAGGACAUGGCCAGCAAGGAUUUGGCCAGGGAGGACAUGGCCAGCAAGGAUUUGGCCAGGGAGGACAUGGCCAGCAAGGAUUUGGCCAGGGAGGACAUGGCCAGGGAGGACAUGGCCAGGGAGGACACGGCCAGCAAGGAUUUGGACAAGGAGGACACGGUGGACACGGCGGACGUUACUAAGAGACCAACAUAUAAAAAGAAACUCUCAAAAUAAAAACUCUUAAAAAAAUACUAAAAAA